AUGCCUAGCAAGAGUCCUAAUGGGGCUAAGUUGAGGAAAGCCAAUGACAAAGUGAAAGGAAAAGACAAAGGAAAGGACAAAGGGAAACAUUCAAAGGCGAUUCCGGUUGAGGUGACACCUGUGAGCAAGACAAUUUUGAAGACACCCUCUAGAAGUGGUACACCACCUGUGAAGCCCAAGAAGUUGACUUUCGCACCCAAAGACACUGUGCACAUCAUCACUCCAGAAAGCGAACAGCACACUGAGAAGAAAGAGGUUGCCAAGGAACAGUCUAUGAGUGAUGACCAGGCCAGCAAGAUCUUGGCUUCUAUGAAUACUGAGGAGCAGAGCAGUUCCUCUGUGGAUUCCAGCGACACUGAGGAAAAGAAGGCUGCAGGCAACAAGAAUGAAAAGAAACCCCAGGCAGUUGAGAAGCCGACCAAAGGCAAGAAUGGUACAGAGGAGAAGACGGUGGCAGCUAAGACCAGCGAACAGCAAGAGUGCAGGAGACCAAAGAAGGUUGCAAAGGCAGAAGAGCCAGUUACAACUGCAAAGAAAGAGAAGAAGAGCAGCAAGGCUGAGGCAAGCAAAGACAAGAAAGCGAAGAAGGAUCAUGAGGCCAUCACCAAAGACACAAGCGAGGAAAAAGAUCAGGUGGACAAGAAGGACAACAAGGAUAGCAAGGACAGCGACAAGAAGGACAAGAAAGACAGAAAGGACAAGAAGGACAAGAAGGACAAGAAAGACAGAAAGGACAAGAAGGACAAGAAGGAUAAGAAAGAGAAGGCCCAUGAAGGUGACAGUGAGAAGGUAGAGACAGAGAAGACAAAUAAACAUGUGGGCAAAGAGAAGAAAGCAAAUGAGGAAGGUGCAGGUGCAGCAAACGAGAACGGGAAGCGAGAACGGGAAGCAACACCCACGGCCGAAGAUGAGACUACGAACAAGAAGCUGAAAGAGGCAGAGGAGAACAUGUUGAUCAACUCCAGUACACACAAUGCAGAGUACAGCGCUUUCAGGAGGUGGAUCAAGAACGGGAAGAGGUUUCCUUCGAUCUUGGGAACACGCCUUCAGACAGAAGAAGGGCGAGCAAGCCUCUUUCGGGAUUGGGUCCUACAGAAAGGUUGCGUAGAAGACAUCAUAGCCAAGCACAAACAUGAGAUGGAGGAGGCUCAGAAGUCAGAAGUGAAGUAUGGAUUCAGGAGUGAGAAAUGGCUCAAGGACACCCACGGAGAACAGAAGGCACUGAAGAUUUUGAACAAGAAGAAAUCCCAAGGUCUCUACAUCACGGACCCAGAAGACGAAGAUGACAGUUUGUACUUUGUACUUGUGUCCUUGGACAUUAGCAAUGUGAACCAGUUGAAAAAGGUCACAAGCUUGGAGUGCUCAGGCCAAGUCACUGACGAAAUGCUGAAGUCCUUUACGGAACAAGGAGGCAUCUUGGAUCCUAAAGCAACUUUGAAGCUUGGAGAUGCAUCUUCAGCUGGUGCUGUAUCCAAAGCCCUCGCUUUCAUGGACAUGGGACAAGAGGCCGGACAAAAGAAGAAAGAAAAAAAGGCAAAGAAUACUGAGAAGGAAACUGCUGGCAAUGCAACAGAGGUUCAACCAGCAUCUCCAAAAGACAAAGCGGAGGCAUUGAUGCACAAAGUGCUGAAAGAUGCCAACACUUGCAGGGACAACGCGUUCAAACUUAAACCGCUUGAGAUGAGCAACCAGCUGAUCGACUACCUGAAAGCCUUGGAGACGAAGUUGCAAGGAGCAGCACGCCAGAUCCAGGAGUUAGUGAACAAGGGCAAGAACAAGUGGAAACACUACAAGGACAUCACAGAACAGGUCUCUAAGCUUACCGACAUGGCCAAAGAAAAAGUUGAACUUGCCAAAGCUUUGCUCAGGGCAGCAGAGAAUGCAAAGUUGGAGCGAUCCCGCAGCCGGGGGUGUCCUGCAUAUCGAUCUCGUCGCAGUAGAGCUUUGGAUCCAGGCACCUUGGAGGAGUAUUGGAGCCACAUGGAUGGAGAAGAGUUUUUCCACCAACUCAACAUUGCAGAGCCGUCCCAUACCAUACCAAUCGUGUGGCAUGCUGAUGGUGUGAAAAUCUUUCGAAAUCAAAAGGCCUGGGUCUACAGCUAUUCAUCCAUGGUGAAGAAAUCCGAGCUAGCCAUUAGCAAUAAGAUGGUGUUUUGCAUCCUGAAAGAUUCUGCCAUGUCGAAGCCUCAAACCCAUGAUGCAAUUGGGAAAAUCAUUGGAUAUGUGAUGAAGGUUCUGCAAACUGGUCGGUACCCUACAGCUGACUACUUGGGGAAUCCAUUUCCAACUACGUCCAUUGAGUUCAGUCGGGCUGGACAUCCAUUUGCGUACUCGGCGCUUGGCAGACCAUGGAUGGGUGCAUUUUGCGCAUGGAAGGGGGAUCUGGAGGCACGAGUGCAAAUCCACAAGCUGGUUCGGAACUAUAUGUCCAAUGCUAUUUGCGAGCAUUGUGCAGCUAGCAGGCAAAUUUCCUUUGGCGACUUUUCACAAAAUGCAGCCUGGAGAGAAAGCAGAUUUACCCAUGCACAGUUCAUGAUCCUGACACCUCCAGAAAGGUUCACUCGAGCCAGGUUCAACAAGGAGAAGUGGUCUUCACUGCCUGAUCUUUCAACCCAGUACAAGGCAAGUACUGUAAAGUACAUGCAGUUUUGGUUGCAUUCGUACUUGAUGGACAACCGUGUUGCUGGCGAUGAAGAUUUGGUUUGCAUGAGCUACUCGCUGGCGAGUUUCCAAUAUAUGUUGGACACGCGUGGGCCAUGGAUGUCCCUUCCCGACAGGAGAAGGACUGCGGACUAUGGCAAUAGGUUUUUACUUUUCUACCAGAGACUCGCAGGUCAAAACCGUGGGCACAGACGAAAUUUCAAAAUCAUUCCCAAGUGCCAUUACUUCUGCCACAUGAUUGAAUACAUCGCCACCACAGGGCGCAAUGUGAGGUACCUAGUCUACGCUUUAUAG